AUGCUUACGCGAUUCCACAUCCAUUUCGUGCAGAAGCUAACUCAGGCAGUCGGCCAGAGGGAGGUUGGUGCAGGCCUUCACGUGGCCUAUCAGUGGUGCAAGAUACUGGAUCAUUUUGACAAGAUUCUGACAAGAGACGAGAAAUUCCUCGUCAUGGGAACCCCACAUUACCGUCGAGAGCAUGUUCUGGCGGAGAUACUCAAAGACUGUGGUACAUAUUUCGCCAAAGUAGAACGUGGUGAAAUUGCUGGAGAGGAAGAGAAGGUGGACAACUUGGACCAUCAUGGGCCUGUCGCAGAGGACACAGGUCCCCCGCCAGAGAUUGAUGCGGAAAUAGUCGCUGUGGGUGCGCUGAUUGCUGACGGCGUUCGAAUUGGUCUGGCCAACGAGCGACAGAGCGUCGCGGAUGGGGAGCGUCAGCUGAAUGAUACAGAGGAACCACCCGCUCAGGAGGAGAGUGCGCGCGAAAUCUUGCGUGGAAUGAGGGAGACGCAGCAGAGGGCAGCAAAGGAGGCCAUCCAGCAGAGGGGGGAGAAGGAGAUGAUAGAAGAUCAGAUGAUGGAGGAGCUUGCAACUGCUUUACAGGCAGUGCAUCUCUCCGUCGAGAAUGCUCAACACGAACAGUGUCAGGGUUUGGAAGACGGACAGGAAAGUCUGAAUGUCGUAGGCGAAUUGGAGGAAGAGGUGCAGAGGUCGGAACUGGAGACUAGGGUGGUGUAUCAGAGACGGGAGGCACGAACAAAGAAGAGGUAUGAUCUGGGGCGGGAGGAGCGUCCUCGGGAGGAGGAAGAUCAUGAGAGGGAGGAAGAGAGGAAGAUGGAGCGCGAAAAGGAGGAGAAGCGGCAGGAGGAAGAGCGGCAGAGGGAGGAUGAGAGGAAGUCGGAGCGCGAAAAGCUGGAGAAGUGGCAGAGGGAGGAGGAAGAGCGGAAGGAGGAGGAGAAGAAGGUGGAGCGCGAAAAGGAGGAGAAGCGACAGCGCGAGGAAGAAGAGCAGAAGAGGGAGGAGGAAAAGAAGGUGGAGCGCGAAAAGGAGGAGAAGCGGCAGAGGGAGGAGGAAGCGCGGAAGAGGGAGGAGGAACAGGUUGAGCGCGAAAAAGAGGAGAAUCGGCAGAGGGAGGAGAAAGAGCGGCAGAGGGAGGAUGAGAGAAAGGCGGAAAAGGCGGAGCGCGAAAAGGAGGAGAAGCAGCGGAGGGAGGAGGAAGAGCGGAAGGAGGAGGAAAAGAAGGUGGAGCGCGAAAAGGAGGAGAAGCGGCAGCGGGAGGCAGAAGAGCAAAAAAGGGAGGAGGAAAAAAAGGUGGAGCGCGAAAAGGAGGAGAAGCGGCAGAGGGAAGAGGAAGCGCGGAAGAGGGAGGAGGAACAGGUUGAGCGCAAAAAAGAGGAGACUCGGCAGAGGGAGGAGAAAGAGCGGCAGAGGGAGGAUGAAGAGCGAAAAAAGGAAGAAGAAAAAAAGGCCGAGCGCGAAAAAGGAGACUUGCAGCAGCGGGAGGAGGAAGAGCGGAAGCGGGAGGAGGAGAGGAAGGAGGAGCGCGAAAAAAAGGAGAAGCGGCUUAGGGAGGGGGAACCGGAGCGGAAGAGGCUGGAGGUCGAGGAUCGACAGGCGCGCGAAAAGGAAACAAGGGAAAAUGGGGAGCGGGAGCGUAAGAGGCUGGAGGCCAGGGAGCGGAAAGGGCGAGAAGAGCCGAGUGAAGGGGAGCGAGAGCGACAGAGGGUGGAGGCCGAGGAAGCGCACCGAAGGGAGAAUCAGCUGAGGCAUGUGGGUGGACGGGUGGAAGAGGAGCAGGAGAGUGCGGCUAGUGCGCUUCCUAUUCAGAGGAGUCGUCCACGUGCGGCAGAGAAUCCUGCUGCGGGGCAGGGUGAGAAACUGGAGGAGGGUGAAUGGGUGGCCUUGGAGACGCAACUACAGGAACAGGAGAAAGCUGGGCCCCAGGUUUUCGAGGAGACAGCAGGUGGAUUUGAGGAGGCCGGAGACCGUAUCGCAGCUAGCGGCAGGAUGCAUACCAGACGGGAGUUAAUGCGGCGUCUGACAUUGGUGGCGAGGUCAGUGGCCAGGAUUUCGUCAGAACAAGGUGUUCGCUUCAGCGACUGCAUGGCCGAGAUUCGCCAGUUUGGUGCGCGGAUGCAAGGAUGGGAAUUGCGAUACUUGCAGGACUACGAUGAUUUGACACACGAGUACCUCGUGCUAAGGGAUUCUGUUGUCCAAGAGCGCCAGGAGCUUCGCGAAAUCCGUUCUGCUCUGUCGACGUCUACGGCCGAGGCACGAGCGGCAGCAGCUGAUGGUGGUCGAGCAGCUGCAACGGCGGUUGUAGAAGCAUUGCAGGAUACGGCCGAGGCACGAGCGACAGCAGUUGAUGCUGGUCGAGCAGCUGCAACGGCGGUUGUAGAAGCAUUGCAGGAAAAGCUCAAGGGGUUUUCCGAGGCGUUUCUGGAAAGGCUGAAGGGUGUUGUGGCGCAGGCGGUAGAGCAAGCGUCAAAAGGGGGGAAGCUCGAGGCCACGAUCGCACCCCGCGAAUCGGGUAAGAAGCGGCAGAGGGGUGAGGAUGAGGGUAGAAGGCUAGAGGAGAGGCGGGUGCAGCGCGAAAGGGAGGAGAAGCAGCGGAGGGAGGAGGGACAGCGGAAGAGGGAGGAGGAAAAGGCAGAGCGCGAAAAGGAGGAGAAGCGGCAGAUGGAGGAGGAAAAGAGGAAGAGGGACGAGGAGCAAGCGGUCGAGCGCGAAAAAGAAGAGAAGCGCCAGAGGCAAGAGGAAGAGCGGAAGAGGGAGGAGGAAAGAUUGCAGCGUGAAAAUAAAGAGAGGAAGCAGAGGGAAGAGGAUGAGCGGAAGCGGGAGGAAAGGCGGGUCGAGCGCGAACGCGAGGAGAAGCAAAAGAGGGAGGAGCACGCAAAGGCAGUGAAGAUGCGGGCACAAUUGGAGGCAGAGUUAGAGGCAAAGCGUGAGCGGAUAGCAAAGCUCGCUGAAGCGAAGCGGUUGGAGGCCAAAAGGAAAAAAAAAAAGGCCUCAAAAUAG